UCUCGCUUGCGAGCUUUUCAAAAAUCGUGCACGUCGUAUUUGCAACAGUGGAAGAACGUAAACAGCUGACUUGAUGAACUUAGACAGAGGAUUAAAUACUGAAAUAUAUGCCAAAAUGGAAGCGAAACGGAGGGAAAGCAUGAAGAUGGAGAUAGGUCAGUGUCUAGAACACGCCUUGGAUCAACUGAGGGACAUCUGGAAUGAGAUCGGGAUCUGCGAGGAUCAGCGAGGGGAACGCCAGAAUGUUGUCCUGCACCACAUACGCAACCUGCUGUCUGAGAUGGUGACAGAGGAGGAGUCCCUCAGGCAAAGGCUCAUGAAGAGUGUGGCAUCGUCAACGGAGAAGGUUACAACGCUGUGUAUAGAACUGGCUCUCCAGCAAUACGAGCCUGAUAGUGGGAUCUCAAUCCUGCAGCUGGAGAAGGCAUUAAGACUCCAGGUGGAGCAGCUAGGCAAGGAGAAGUCGGAUAGACUGGGUGCCUUGGAGGGCCUGCAGAAGGUCGAACAGACCCUGUGCGACAUCUUAUGUACCACACCGUACUACAUCCCCUCAGGGACUGUACCCUCGCAGGAACAGCUUGGCAUCCUCAGAGAACAUAUUGAUACACUCACAGCAGAAAAGGACCAGAGGCAUAAAACUUUCACCAGCACCAAGAAAGAAAUCCUCUCCUACAUGGAGUACCUGGAACAAGGACCAGAGACGUCGUUUGAAAGGGAAGUCAUCUGUGAGGAAGAAGAAGCGUUUGUCCUCUCCAAGGAGAACAUCCAAGCUCUGAAAGAUCUUCAUCAGGAGCUUGAAUUCAAAGAUACAGAGAACAAACACGCAGCGGAGGAGUUGCGAGACAGAGUGACUGCUCUGUGGAACAGACUCUCCAUCCCAAAGGAGGAGAGAGAGGAGACUUCAGCAAAACUCCAAGGACACAAACCAAGCAAUCUUACUACGUUACAAGAAGAAGUCGCCAAGCUAGAGAUCCUGAAGAGACAAAACCUGAGGAAGGUAGUGGACGCCAUCAGAGAGGAACUAGAGGGCUGGUGGAAUAAAUGCUUCUACAGCCGGUCACAACGCAACCAGUUUGAGGCAUUCUAUGAAGAUGAAAUCACUGAAGAUCUGUUGACACUGCACGACGAGGAGCUGGUCAGGGUCAAGGGUCAUUACGAGACCAACCAAGAGAUGCUGGAUGCAGUCCGGAAGAGAGAGGACAUGUGGAAAAAGAUGCUGGAGUUUGAGAGGAAAGCUAUCGAUCCAAACCGUUUCAACAACCGUGGUGGAAACCUUUUGGAGGAAGAAAGAAUCCGUCGUAAACUCAACAAGGAUCUUCCAAAGAUUGAGCAGAAACUCUCGGACAGAAUUGAGGAAUAUGAGCGACAGACUGGGACAGAGUUUCUAGUGGACGGCUGCAGGUUCAUGGAUUACGUUGCUGCUCAGUGGGCUGCACAUGAGAACGAGAAGAAAGUCAUCAAGGAAGAAAGGCUGAAUGCUCGUAAACGUAUAACUGAAGAAGAGAUGCUACACGGUAGCAAGCCAAGCACCCCUACCAAGAGGAGAUUUGUUGGUCUCACUCCAACCAAGACACCAAAGAGAUUAAGAGGGGCCAAUGGAAGUGUAGCAGCAUCCCCCAGACUUUACAUGUCCUCCGCUCAUUCUAGCAUUAUGCCAUCACCUAGAGCAAGCAGGACAAAGCCACCCACCGGAGCUUCUACUGCAAGGACUCCAAAGAGGUUGAGGAACACCCCCGCCCGGAACGCCCAGCGCAAGGUGCUAGGUGACAAGAACGGUACUGGGUCCUCUUCUGCCUUCAGUACGAGCACGGUAUCCGGGGGUCAUACCCAAUCUAAUAACAUGAGCACCUUAUCCGUCACCUCAUCCUGUGGGACAUAUACAGACUUUGCAAAGGAGCUUGAACUGCAGAGUAGAAAGUACUGCCGUAGCAGCACCGUUGCUUCACCCACAUAGGACCCCUAGAUGGGUGGACUUAGAUGAUGACCUGUAGGACUACACUGCACAUCAUGACAUGUAAAGGGAUAUUCAUGUUGUCUUUUAAUCACAGACAGUAAGAAUGUGCUGUCAAAAGAGCUUUCUUCUUCUUUUCUUUUCUCUCUCUCUCUCUCUCUCUCUCUCUCUAGUUUUUCUUCCUGAUUUUAAAUGAUGUUUUGACCGCUUCACUUAUUUUUAGGGCUCCAUUAGAAUUUCUUUUUUUUAAUACUGAUUUGCUAUCAGUGCUGAUGCUAAAAUAUGUGAUAAAAUAAAACGUAAAGGAAAACUUCUUGGAGAAAUGUCAACUGUGAAUUGAAGAGAAGCAUUUAAAUAGUAGUGAAAAGAUAUUAUAAUUUCUAGUGUUACAUCUGUACCAUAAAUAAGUCAUUAAUCCAAUUGAUAAAGUAUCAAACAAUACCUUUAUUACCUUAUGUUUAAGGAAAAGGUUCAUUAUGCUAGAUUGUAUUCAGUUAGUCAGCUUUUAAGUAAGUUUUUGAAAAAAGUACUGUUAUCGCGAAGAAUAUGUACCAAAUUAUUGAGUAAUACAUGUAGUAAAGAUAUGCACAUAUUUAUUUCUCAUUUAUAUACAAUGCUAACUUUACAAUGUAUGCAAUAAUUGAUAUAGAUAGAGAUACAAUUAAUUUGUCUUUGCUCAUCUUUAUUUGUAAAUAUUUCCUAACUUUGUAAAUAGCUUUUAUUUGGGAGAUUGACUGAGUUUGGGUGUAAGGAGGAAAUUAUUUACUUGCCUGCAUGAAAACUGACUUCUUGCAAUACUGUAGUCAUGCAUGUGCAUAUAGAGAGCCGUGAUAAAAGAAAUAGUCUAGCCUGUCUUUAAAGAUAAGCUUGAGUUCUGGUAA